AUUUAUUAUUAUUAUUAUUAUUAUUAUUUUUUCAUUUGUAAUUAAGAAGUCCUAAAAUUGGACAGUGCAUUAACGAGUAUUAAGGAAUAGAGUUUGCAAAGGUUAAAACAGUAAAUAGAAGAGGCGACUAUCUAGCACGUACAGAAAUCCAAGAUCUAAAAUUUGAUUUAAUUAUAUUAUUUGAUAUGGUUGAUUGGUAAGAGAAAGGAGUAUUAAAGAAGUGUGAAGCCACAUUCUUUUACAGAGAAGAAGAAAAAACGUGUUGAUUUGCAAAAAUGGGUGUUUUGGUGAAGCUGAUUGAUGCGAUUAUGUUCAUGUUUUUAACAGUGAUAGCUAUAGGAGCUCCGUUAAUCGAUUCGCAGACGAUUUUUCCGGCGAGUUUGUUCCCGGAAGUGUUAAUCAACCUGAAGAAGUGGUAUGCUCACGAGUACGGUGACUAUCUUUUCACAGAGAAGCCCCAUUUCUUUGUUGGUCUAGUUUGGCUCCAGCUCCUCUUUCAAUGGCCGCUUUCUCUUCUCAAUAUGUACGCUAUUUUGGCUUCCAAGUCUUGGUUCCCCACUACCUCCUUGAUCUAUGGCGUCUCCAUCUUAACCUCCACGGUUGCUAUAUUAUCAGAAAUGGUAAGGUCUGGGAAAGCAUCCGAUAAGCUGCUAAUGAUGUACUGGCCUUUCUUUGGAUUUGCAAUAUUGGCGACCCUGCGUGGUCUACUACCACAUUCUGGCAAGACUCCAUCAACUGCUGCAAAGAAACAUGCAUUGCCUAGGAAAAAGAGGGUUUGAGAUUGAUAGCGGUCUAGCUUUACUAACUAGUGGAGUAAAGUUUGUUCUAAUUGUUGCCAUUGUUGUUUCUAGUGCUCCAGAUUGUGACCUCUAGUUUAUUGAGUUAAGAAAUAUUGCAAUUUGGUUGAUUAAUUGAUGAAGAUAGGUGAUCCCUUUUUAUGGUCAAAAUUUUGUUGAUCUUUCAUUGUAUGAACUCAACCUCACAAAAUAAAUAAGGAAGUGGAGAUGAAUUCCUUUAA